CUUGACCUAUCCUUAAGGACCAAGGACAGCAUCACACUGUGAUUUACCAAUUUCUUUUCCUCUUUUAUUGUUAACAUACCUAGGUUCCUGCCUGGAGGAUUUGGUGAUCCCCUGCUACUAGACACGGAAGCUUGUUAAGCGCAAGCUUCUUCUAUUCCGUCCACAACCAUUUGAUCCAUUUGGACAAGUGAACAUGUCGCGGCAUAUUGUAAAUUUGACCUUGUCGGUUCGGUUGACCUGCUUGAUUAUUUUGUCGUAUUCAACGAGUCAACAUAAUGUCUGUCCCUCCCCCACCACCUCCUCCUCAGAUUAAAUCUAUCAGGCCACCACCAAAACAGGCCUGCGACUCUUCGGGUCCGGCGUUUUUGGCUGAUAUUAGGGCCGGCCGAACUCUUAGAAAAGUUCCAGAUUCUGAAAAGAAGGAUAGGAGUGCUCCUCUUGGGUCGAAACCAACAGAUCAAAAUAAUGAAGACAGUGCUUCAGGUCUACCAGCACCUGCUAGUGGAAAUCUCCCACCUGUUGGUCUUUCAAAUAUUUUUGCAAAUGGUGUACCAAAAUUGAAAUCUGUUAGUUCGGCAGAUGUUGGGCGUAAUAAUACGGUGCAGAAUUUAUCCACAAAACCAUCUAGUUAUGGGCACGUGAAAAGUCCUGCGCCUCCCCCUCCCCCUCCCUUAUCUCCGUCUACUGCAGCGUCUGUAGCUCAGAAUAACUACUCGUUGUCAACUACUCCUUAUACGCUUUAUCAACAUUCGGCUCCAACGGCAAAUAAUAAUGCUACAGUAAGCAAGACUUCUUCAUUCAUUUAGUUUUACGCUGUAAACCUCUUAUUGUUAUAAUAUGGAUGACUUUAGAAAUAUUCGGUCAUUUUUCCUGUUUGUUGACUUGUAGUGUAAUUAAAACUUAAUACAUGCGAUUAUAUAUUAUGUUAAGUAAAGUACCAAACUAGUCUGAGAUUGAACUUUUUUCUAGUUAUUAAAGUAGCUGAAUAGUGUCUUUAGAUAGUUAGCAGUAAAGUGGAAUGAAUUUUACGAGAGUUAUAAGGUUCGCUAACUUAUCAGAUAUAUGGUAAUGUUUUAUGAUUAUUUCGUAUUCUUAUGCUUUAAAUCACAAACUGAUCUUAGUUGGGCCACUGCUAAAAGCUUGGAAACACUGAACGGUCGUUUCGUCUUAGUGUGGGACUCGCCAGCGUCCUGAAGGUUAAGCAUCCUCGUGUGAGACCGAGCGUCCUGGGUUAGAUUCCCGGGUGCGAGGUCGUCAAUGGGCACUGCUGCAACGUCUCAUAAUAAGACUAAACAGUCAUCCAGUGCUCCCUGGUUUUUAGUGAUUGUAUGACUAAGAUUAGUUCGUGAUUUAAACUAUGAAAAUUCCACAACCUCCACAAAAUCCUAUGCUGAUAUUUCAUGUUUAUAAUUUAUCUGAGUGGGGUAUUUAAGCGUGUUGGUGAGUUUUCAUCUAAUUGGUUUGUCACAUUAGCUCCAACAAAACGCAACGUAAUCACUUCAAACAUCCAAAGGAAUUACGACCCUAAUCAUUAAUAGGUUUACUAACCGUUAUCGCUUUGGGUCUUCGAGACGUACAUACUCCUCCCUCCUCUUGCCGUGUACUGCACAACGGUGAUUGGGAUAGUAUUAUUAUCGGGGAAAUUUUUUGGUUAACAAAUGAGGACAUGAUAUUGACCUGCGAAGUGAUUGACUGAUGGGCUGAACCACAUUUAUAAUUUCAAGUCUACUUGAGAUCCACAGGACAGUCCUAAUAAGUGGUUAGUAAGGUUAAGUGACGAUUCAAAAUGGUCUCGAUGGGUUGAGUUUAUUUAAAUAUAUCACAUGUCAUAUCAGGGUCAAAUGGUAGGUUGGAAAUCGUAGGCAGGAUACACUGUUGUAGGAUGUGUUGAUUACUCCUCUAGUAAAGUUCUCAACCUAUAUGUUCUCGUCAGGGUUGAAGGAAAAUAUGUAUAUUUACUCAUAAUUCAUGUACAUUUUAUUCAGGUUGCCAACCACUGCCCCUUAGUUAUUUCUAGUUCCCUUACGUGGCAGAUUUGAUAAAUCGUAUAAGAGGCGCGUGUAUAUGUACCCAAAUUAGACAACCGUGAAACGUUACGGAUCACAAUGUGGUAAAUGUUUACGUUCUUGACUUUCUUCUUCGAAAUUCCGAGCUUAGCAUCAUUUCAUACUUUAAAAUGUUUCUGACACUAUUUUACAUCAUCUAUGUUUUUCAUUCUGUUAAUUUUCUGUUUCACUGCACACUGACUUGUGAGGUAUGACACAAAUAACUGAUACAAACAUUUGUGCUAGGUCCCACAUUAGUGAUGACUGACAGUAGGAAAUCAGUAGAGUAGUUUGAUAGUUGUAACGGUCAUGUAAAAUAGUUUAGAUGCUAUUUGUGCUGGCCGGUUCACUUUAGCAUGUACGUGGAGAUCAUUCUCAAGGGUCUUUUUUGAAUGGUGUGGGGUAAACCGAAUAAACUGAAAUGUGAACAUGAGCCAAGCAAAUUGAAUGGUUUAUGUAGUGUACACAUCAUAAACCAAUUAGAUCGAUUGUCAUUUUCCGUUUGUCUUUCGCAGCUGCUACCUUGAUGUGGUGGUCGAGGAUACAUAUCAUAGUGAGCUAAUCUAUUUAGAUUGGCUGGAACAUUCGUUCCUUUAGGUCCUACCAUGCCAUGCAGGUUGGUUGGAUAGUGGUUAGACUAAAAGCAGCAAACUCAUGCCCCGAGAGCGAAGUUUUGUUACUGACUGUAUAGCAGUGUAACGGCCAAACAAACAACAUCUACUAUAUAGCCUUCUCACAAUAGAAAGAAGGGGUUAGGAAAUGUUGGUCAUAAAAAUGUUGCACUUUGCCUUGACUCACAGAUUUAUUUCUCCGAUAGUGAGGGCCUAAACCAAUGGAGCUGACUCAUCCAGAACUACUAAAAGAAGACAGUGUGUGACCGCCCUUAAACAGUAAUCCUUUUGGCUCUGGAGUAAUGCUCCUAAGUCGCUAACACCAAUAUUAACCCGGUUUACUUUCUAGGUUCAUUUAUAAGAGAUAUUCAUUCAGUAUGGGCACCGGGGAAGUAAUAAUCGCCCUCAUACCUCCAACAGCAAAUACGAUCACCUUGUUCAUAAUCAAACCCUAUCUCCUUGUCACCUAUAUCCCACAUCAUCAUAACGAAAAAGGGAAUUAACAAAUUAAGAAAAAGAGACGAAAUAAUUGUAAUUGCUAUGGUAGGCUCAUCGUGAUGAAUACAGUUAAAGAACGAAUAAAUAAGGUUGAUAAAUGGAAAGUUAGAAAUGAUACUUAACCCCAAUAUUUGUAGAAAGAUACAGAAAAUGAAAUGUAAUUAUUCCACUGUGCAACCGAGGUUUCCCCAUUUAACUUAAAUUGCAUACUUUUUGAUAUGUUUUGUCCCAUCAGCCAAUGAAUUCCGUAAACUGAUUUUGAGAUGAUGGAGAAGAUUUGUAGCUCAGGUGGAUGAUUUUGGUCGAGUUUUGUUCUCUGAGCUGGAUGGUUUGGUCGCGGAGCUUUCGUCGUUCUUCUGAACGACAUCAUCAGCACAAACUUCAGAUAGAAGUGAAGUGUUCGAAUCUCUCCAUAUGCGUUUCACAGCUUGUUCUGUACACCUCGACGUUGAUUGGUUCUUACUGAAGUUUGUGCUGAUAAUCUCGUUCAGAAGAACGAUGAAAGCUCCGCAACUAAACCAUCCAGCUCAGAGAACAAAACUCCAUCAAAAAGUAAACUGAUUUGUUGUCUUGACUUGUAUGUCUGUAGAUAUUUCGUUGCAUGCCAUAAUAUACCAUCUAAUGUUGCAUAUCAGACAUUGCUUGCUACUUCAUUUAAUUAUUCGCUAGAAUAUUUUUAUUACUUCAAUUAUUGGUGCUUUUCCAAGUUAUGGUUACAUUUUUAAAACAAACUUUUCAUUCAAAAAUGAAGUGAACUAAUUUCUCACAAUAAAACUAUGCAAUAAAAAAAUACACGAGAGAAGAAAACAAAAACAGUAAACCUAAAAGCAAAUGUCAAACUGUGCUAGGGUUUACAGUCUUUGAAUGCUGCGUCACAUUGAACAAUAACAAAAUUCAGUAGAUUAAUUAGGUCAUUUAAAUGUAAAUACAACUAGACUUAGGAACAGAUGACAUUUAUGUAAAUCUAUUGUACUUUAAAAUGAGUCUUCGUCUGCAUAACUGUAUGUAUGAACAUGAAUUCCUACAUGUUAUUCAGAUAAUAUUUACUUUUAAUUAAUAUUAUAUCAUGACUUAUCACUGAAUUAGUGAUCGAUCGUCUCAUUACCUCUUGAACUAAUUAAAGCUAGACAUGUAAAUCAUUCUAUAUCAACUCAACUGUCUAGAUGGUGACACGCUCACUAUAAAACCUACAAGUCUUACGUUCGACCCCUGAUAUAGUUUCAGGUUCACACUACUCAGUAAUAAUCCCAUACUAGAACUAGGCAGCUGUUUAAUACUCAAUGACUUUCGGUGACACUCUUCAUCUGAAAUCAAUCUGUAACAGAUACAACGUACAAAUUAAAAUUCAUCUUCACGAGACCUUUCAACCAAAAUUGAUAUGUUUUUUUGUACUAGGGUAUCAUUACAAGGCUUUUGUCAUACUUCUCCAGAUAAUCAGUUCAUUUGAAUUUCUGAUUGUAAUAGUAGUUCCUGCUGGUCAAUGGAAGGUGUCUUUUUGGUUAUUUUAAGAAGUAAUUAUUAUUUAUUAUCCUACUUUUGCAAUUGUAGUUUAGUGUUUUGUGUAUUCGAUUUCUGAUGUGGAUAAUAUUUUACUCAAUAAACCUAUCUAAUUACCCCCCUCUUCGGUUUCCAAAUAUUUACAUGGUUGCUGGAUUCAACGUCUUGGUGCUCGAACACCCUGUUUUUUUAUGGGAUGUGUGUGAACAGUUUGCUUCACCUUUCAAAAUGUUUAUUAUCAUCAUUUCUAGGCAGAAUACAUAUAUUCACUUUUCUUAAUCUACUCCUGUCAAACUAACUAACAAUUUCAUUAAUAAUUAUCAUAACAAUAGCCAUAUAUAUAUAUAGUUUAAGGAAUAUAUACUCGUGUGGUUUUUAUUCCUCACUGUCUAACUAAUGAUAGUUUAUAUUAAAUUGCGGUACGCUUUAUUACCUAAGUAACUUAGUUUGAUUGCACAAGAUAUAUGUUUACAUCUUUUCGCUCUCCCUAAUAACUAUGCACUGUUGUUUUUUGGAUACAUCUAAAUUCACUUGCGCUUAGUGUGUGUGUAUGUGUAUACUUAUUCAGCCAAUUUAUCUGUCUACAUUUGUGUGUGAAGGCCGUUCGUAAUGGAUCAUCAGUACCAGCACCGGCAGCGGCUCCUCCGCCCCCAACUCCUGCCAGACCGUCGAUUUCAAAGAGCAAUUCUAAUUCUUCGUCUCACAAUAAUAAUAAUAGUUAUCCUAGGUACAGUUUUUAUAAAAAACCAUCUGAAGAUAAUCAACCAACACCACCUGUUGUUCCAAGUUCACCUGUACAAGUUAUAAUGCUUUCUUCAAUACCAGCAUCAUCAACAUCGUCAGCAUCACCCUCAUCACAACCAACACGAGUAACUCCUCUUCAGUUAGGAAGUGCAGCUAAUGUACAUGAAAAUAACAUUAAUGUUAGUAAUAGUAAUAAUACUGUUAAUAAUCUGAAUGGUACUACUACUACUACUAUACCUCCACCUCCAUCUGGACGUUCUCCACGACGGAAACAAAGUAGUUCAAAUCGAUAUCAGGUAGGUAGUUGUGUGCAUAAAUCUAUCUGUCUAUACGGUUUUUUUUCCUUUUAGUUACAAACCUUUUUUUUUAAAAUCGUUUUUAACAGGAUAAAAUUUCAUAACUUAUGUCGAUAUAUAUAUAUAUAUGUUUCACUUCGUCGUUGUUGAUUCCGCUUCUUUCUUCACUUAUUGUAUUGUAUACUUGAUUGUUUGUUGAAAAAACAACAUUCCAUUUUAUUGGUGUUCACGAUUUACACAUUUUUGUUGUUGUUGUUAAAUAUUACGGCUUUACUUACAAACAACAGUACAGUUUUGAUUUGUGUGAUUUCUUUCCUUUUGCAGUGUGCAUUUAAUGCAGUUCAUUAACCGAUAACGAAUAAUAUUAAAUUUUUGACUGAUAUUUCAAUUGACAAGUUGACGUGCAUCUGAUGUUUCUGUUUUGUUUUAUUCCGACAUAAAGCGCGCCGGCUCAACAAACUCAGAUGUAAAUGGUAUACCUGUUGGUCAAUCAACUAAAGUGAUACGUAUUUCAUCAAAUAUUAAUGGAAGCUUAACUGAUUUGCCAUGUGCACCAUCUAAUAUAAAUCCAUAUUUACCUUCAUCUGUGUAUGAUAUGAACAAUUAUACAAUGAAUUCACGUGCACAUCCAACACCACCGCCUCCACCACCACCACUUCAACAACCAUCAUUAUCUUCAAUGGACAAUUACAAUUAUGAUAAUAAUAUCACUAGUCUUGUUCGUCAUUUUGAAAGUCGUUUUACUUUUCCUGAUAUUGGAAGUGUUCCUGUUCCAAAAUCAUAUCAUGGUCCUAAAACUUAUCGUGUUGGUAGUAUUAAUAGUAGUAUGAAUAACAGUAAUAACAUCAACGACAAUUACCGUAAUCAAGGUAAGCUUAUUUAUGUGAUUAGAUUUCCCUUAAUGGUUAACUUAACUAUAUUCAAUUGACUCAUGAUCUCAACUGUUAAAAUUACUAUAAUAUCCACAAAACCCUCCUGAUAUUAAUCAACAUAUGCUCACUAGUGACUGGCUUCAAGAGGUAUUUCGUGGAGUUCUAUUGAGAAGCCGUGACCAGUGGGGUUCAACCGGGUCAAUUGCGAGAUAGUAACUCACUAAAAACAAUGGUGGAUGUGUUUCUCAAUUUCGUGGAUUAGUUGAGGCUAGACAUUAACACCGUUGGAUGCCGGCUUAGUGGUCUAAUGGUUAAGCGUUCGCGCGCAAGACCGAAGGCCUUGGGUUCGAAUCCCGCCAUCAGGAUCGUGGAGUCUCAUACUAGGACGAAACGUCCGUCCAGUGCUUCCAGAUUUUCCAUCGUGGUCUGACAUCAAUUGAUUCAUGGUCUCAAUCAAAAAAAGGAAUUCUUUCAGUUAAAGAAGUCCCUCCUACUUUUAUGAAAAAACGUCAGGUAAAAUUACUGUACGAUCACGACUAACUUCUAUUCUAAGCUUGAUAACGUCUCAAGUCACCUUGUAACACUAUGUCUAAAACCCCAACUAGGGUAUCGUGAAGGGCUGAUAGAUGACAGUUCUGUACAGUUUUCUUUCAUAUCAUGGUACCAUGUCAUAAACUGACCAUCUCACUGCUUUCUCCAACCAGUCCCAGGGUUGGCGGCUAAUACACGAUAUGGAAUUCACUGGGACGACAUUUUAAGCACACGUUCAAAUAACAGAAACUUGUUUUUCAGGAUAGUGACACUAAUCAAAUUGUCGUCACUGUACCCCAGCACACAUUAACGAAAUUCUACAUCACUGACAUGGUAUUGUUACUGAAUGUCAGCAAUCCUUCAGAGACGACGAUGAUCAAAUACAAAGAGUUGUCUGAAUCGUCGACUCGGAGAGGCUAGACUUCUUGAUCAAUAGGAAACUGACGUGAUUUAGGUUUCAUGGUAGGCGGCAAUCGUCAACAAGUUUGUGUGUUUAGUAACAAUGAAGAAACCGAUACUCCACAUUGUAGAAUUCAAACUCACAACAUUAAAUGUCACAAUAAAAAUGGAUGUUCAAGUUGUUUGUCUCAGGUUGUAAAUAAGUAACUUGUUUAAUAAACCUAAAAUUCAGCAAUAAAAUGAGGCACACAAAAUAAUGUGAAGGAAAAAAUGAGGGUGGGGGAAUAUAAUGAAGAAAAGAGUGAUGGAACAACAAUAGUGUGUAUUAGAUGAUACAGUUCAGUUAACGACAUAAUCAAAUUAAUUGAGUUACUCUGCGUUUUACAAAGAGUGUAAAAAAGAAUUUCAUCAGAACUCAUCAAAUGAUUCUAUUUUGAGUCAUGUAUAUUAACGUUUUAAGUCACUGAGUCAUACUAUCUUUAGAACCCAAUCUUAGGAGUUGUAGUAGAUCAACAGAUGUCAGUCCUAUAUAUCUAUCCUUCAUAACAGUUUCAAGUUAUCAACUGAUCACCUGGUCCCUAAAUGCCCUGGUAUGACUGAGGGUGGGGAAAGUCAGCUCUCCCUCUCGAAAUGCUCUCACAUGGCCACGUGCAUACAACCACUGCCAGGGAAGUUUUACUCACUGCCUUCUUGUGGCGGGGGUGUUGUUUACAAAAUUUAGAGGAUGAAAAGCGAACGUUCGACGCUUUAAUGGGGUUAGUGGACACGGAGAGUCCACCUAGGGUAGUUGGAAAACUGUGAUUCCAAACUAAUGGUGCACAUGGGCUCCAGUAUCCUGAAGGAACAAAUGGCGUAUGAACCAAUUGUUGGUCACCGACCACAAUGGGACUGCAUCUCCUUACGUUUCUCCACUGUCUUGUAGAUCAGACCUUUAAGUUGAAGGUUCCGAGUGUGGCCCCCUAAGAAAACCAUCUACUUCGGUUGGACUGUUUUCAUAUAAUUUUCAAUGUAUAAUUAAUUCCCUAUGUUGAUUUUUAUAUAUUUCUCUCUCUGUCUCUCUUCAAUUAUAGUGCCUUAUCGAGUGGCUCCUGCAGCACCAAGAAAUUACUAAAAACUCUUCUUUGACUUGAAUCAAUUUUUAUGUUUUUUUUUAAAAUCUUUCAAAUUCGAUUGACAACAAAUAAAUGGCAAAAAUAUUUACCUGUAUUUGGUGUGUUCCCUUGCCGAUUUCAAUACUACUAAGAAUAGUAGUAUAUAUAUAUAUAUAUAUAUAUAUAUAUAUAUAUAUAUAGUGAUUCAUAAAAGAAAACCAUUCAUACAAAUUACAAAUUGUGAUUAAUUCUAAUUUCCCUUGACUGACUUCUCCUCUUUUUCUGUACUGUUCAUUUUAUUUUCUUAAUUGAGGUUGCUUUUUUUGAGAGACAGAGAGAGACAAAUUGUUUCUAUCCUUCUGCUUUUUCUUUUACAAUACUACAUUUUCCAUGCUUCAAAACAGCGUAUUGUACACAAGUACUACUGGCGUCCGUACAUAUAUAUAUAUAUAUGUGCGGUACAUCUUGUGUACUUUUAGUACCAGUAAUAAUAAUAAUAAUAAUAAUAAUAAUAUUGGCAGUCUCAAUAGUAUCCCCUUUCCAUUUAUUUACUAAUCCUAUAUCUUCAUCAUUUAGUUCAAGUUGUAUCUGUUUGAGAAAAAACAAACAAACAAACAAACUAUAAACAGAAUAGUCUGUGAUCUAGAAGAGUAAUUCUUCACUUAUUCAAGUAUAUUCUCAUAUAUACACAUAUAUACGCCAUAUAUAGAUAGAUAGAUAGAUAGAUGUAAUGAUUGACAUCACGGAAACGUCUUCCAUUCUAUCCCAUCAGAAACUUGUCAUACAAUCUGUGUUUCAAUUGUUGUUGACUUGUUUUCCUUUUUUAUAAAAGACUUCUUGUUUUACACUUCUUAUUGCUAUCAUUAUUUUAUUACGUAAUAUGUAUUGUUUCAUGUAAUAUUCAUUGAGAAAAAGGUACAAACGACUACCAGUGUUGUGUUCAUGAGGAUCAGUAUCCAGAAGACCACGACGAUUCAUAAGAAAUAAUAAUAAUAAUAAUAAUAAUAAUAAUAAUAAUAAUAAUAAUAUUUUCUUUCUUGUUUUUUAUGUCUUUUGUUUUUCGUUUUGGCUUUUAAAUUAGUCUUUUUUUGAAAAAAUUGCCAGCUUAGUUUAGUUUUGUUAUUGCAUUUAGUUUUCUUUUUUUUCUUGUGUGGGGAGAUGAAGUGUGGGUUAGGAUGUGAAGGAAAAUUGGAAGAAUUUACACUUGUGUUCUAUUCUGUUCCUUCGCCUCACACAUCAUUCCCAAGUUGUUUCACAUACUUGAAUGAUGAGUAUGCAUGGAAUGUUGUUUGAGUCUUUAGUUUUAUGGUGUAAAUCACAGAGAGGAAACAUUGGAUAGAUUUUUCAUCCUAGAAUAGGAACUAUUCAACAACUGACUAGUUUCGAAAUGUAAAUUCCAGAGUUCUGAUAGGAAACUGUAACCAGUGGAGUUCAACUAUGCCUGGUGUGAGGCAGUGAACCACCAAUGAUAUUGGAAAAUUGUUGGAUCUGUUGCAGUUGCAAAUGUAAACUAAUAUAUGCUGAUUCACUGGUUUAAAGAUUAAGUGUCCAUCGACAAACCCAUGAGUCCCGUGUCCGAACCCUGGUCUUUUUGUGUUUGAGCACCACUGAGGGGUUCCAAACUGGGACGAAAUAACUGUCCAAUGCUUGCUGGUUUUCAAUCGUUGUUUUACUAUGGUUGCUUUGUGUUAUAAACCAAAAAAAAAACAAUCUCUUCAUGCGAAUAAAAUCAAUCAACUAUGAAACAUACUAUCAGGAUUACUCUUUUUAUCUAGCCUUCACAUAAGUUAAAGCUUUGUGGCUAACUUUCUAGUGCACUAGCAUUGUACACAAUCGCUUAAAUGGAGCUCAUGUUGAACUUUUGUGUUUUGGUUCACUUGGAGAAUUAAAUAGCUUUUAGUUGGCAAUUCAUUUUUUUGUAAAUGGUCACCAAAAAUUUUGCUACCCUUGUUUAAGCUAGAUGUUCUAAUUGCUCAGCCUUCGUUGUUUCGGUGAAUAUCAUUUGUGUCUUACUUCAUGUAGUGAUUUUUUAUCACUUAACAGAAGAGUUUUGUCUCUUGAUCUUGUCUCAGCUGAAUAUGAAAAUGAUCAAACAAUGAGUAGAUAAAUAAAUGACCAGUUCGUAGGUUCUGUUUGUCAGGGACUGAUCUUUGUUAGGUCACCCACAGGGAAUGAGAUGUGAUUCGUAGGGUUCAAACAUUUCGGGAGUGAAACAGUGGUCACUAUCGUCACUAGAUAGACGUUGCACUAUAUCUCACAUUGAGGAAAGUCGAAAUCAUACCAUUAAAAGCUGGUUCAAUGUUUAUUGUGAUUAAACAUUCAAUUUAAGACCUGAAGGUCCUCAGUUGGAUUCCUGAUGGGAUCAUAGUUGUACAAUUCUGUGGACUAUCAUUCCAAGGCGAAACAGCUAUAUAAAGCUUCCUGUUUUGCAAUGGUAUCUCAAUUAAGAGCAAUCUGCUCCGAAAACAACCUAUGAAUUCAAUCUUUACAAAACGUAAUAAACUAGCUUUUUUAUUCAGAUUCUUUGUUUCGAUAACAAUUAGACUCAUUAAAUUCAAUCACACUAGUUACUUUAUCUAAAUAUAAUGACUUAUUGUGAUAAGAGAAUUAUCUUCAGUUUAUCUUAUGUCAAACAGGAAUAAUCAUGUAUGAACCAUAAUAGGAUUAAUGGAGUGUUUUAGAAUAAUCGAUUUGUAGAUGACCCUCAUAAUUACUCUCGGAAAGAAUUAGUUUUAUCAAACAAAAGUUACAUACAUUGUUCAAGGUUCAUUAGUGGUAUAAAAUGAGUAUUCAUAACUGUAUCUUUCCCCAGGCUUUAUAUUGCAUAGUUUCAUUUUACCAAACGGAAACCGUACUGUCAAAGUUAUAAAUAAGAUCCUUAUUUAGGGUUUUAAAAGUACUGGAUACAGCCAUUUUCAAGCAGAGUUGGAUAAUGGUUGGCAGUUGAGUCUGGUACGUGCAAUUCUUCCUAUUUGAGGCUCGUCAGCCGGAUGUUUAUCCGCCCGUGUCCAUGUUCUUUUUGGGACUCGAACCCAGUGUUCUACUUUGAACGUCUAGCACACUGUCUACUUAGUCUUCGAGUUCAAAUAGCCACUAGCUUGUGUAACAUUAUAUACAAUGUUUAGGGGGUAACAAAUAAUCUAAUUGGUUAGAAAAAAACCUGAUUAAAGAGUGGCACACCCUCUAUCGUUCCUUGGUCUGAUGACAAAAAGUUGCGUGAUACUGGCCUUAGACAAUUGUCUCUUGGGCUCUGUGAUCAUGUUAUACUAUUGAUGAAACUAGCAAUACUAAUACUGUUUUUUAUUCAUAUCCGCCAAGAAAAAGCAUUUUCUUCGGUUUAAUUCAAAACGUUUGGAAAGAUCAAUGAACUUCUACUGAAUUGAUAACUGCUUUGAAACUCAUCCCAGCAGUCUCUGAAGACAAUAAAGAAGUGGUAACAUGUCGGUGUCAACUGCGUGCCUCUCACGAUACUCAACAUAUUUUUGUUUAUAAUCAAACCUCUAGUAUUUCUUUUCCAGACUAGAUAAGCAAUUCUUAUCUUGUUACGC